CGUUUUUCGUUGACGAAAAAAAAAAAUAGUAGAGUAAUAUUUUGCUUGCAUUAGAUCAAUCUGAACCCCGCCUUCUCUUCUCAUUGUUUUGUUUCCUCUUUCAUGUAAUCAGAUCUGCGUUCCCAAAAUCUCAGAUCGCGUUUUGAUUCAAUUCCACACAAAAAACGCAUUCCCCAUUCGCAAAUAUGGUUGUCCUUGCUGCAUCCAUUGUAGGCAAAUCUGGCAAAGUGCUAGUUUCUAGACAAUUUGUGGAAAUGUCUCGUAUAAGAAUUGAGGGUCUACUAGCAGCUUUUCCCAAGUUGAUAGGCAUUGGAAAGCAACACACAUAUAUUGAGACAGAGAAUGUUCGCUAUGUUUACCAACCAAUAGAAACAUUGAACCUACUUCUUAUUACAAACAAGCAGAGCAAUAUACUGGAGGAUUUGGAAACUCUAAGACUUCUCUCCAAGCUUGUGCCAGAAUAUUCUUACUCCCUUGAUGAAGAGGGUAUUUGCAAAUAUGCAUUUGACCUGAUUUUUGCCUUUGAUGAAGUCAUCUCUCUUGGGCACACGGAAAAUGUGACUGUUGCACAGGUUAAGCAAUAUUGUGAGAUGGAGAGUCAUGAAGAGAAGCUGCACAAGCUGGUUAUGCAGAGCAAGAUCAAUGAAACUAAGGAUGUCAUGAAGAGGAAAGCUAAUGAGAUUGACAAAAGCAAGAUUGAAAAGAAUAGAGGUGAUAAAGGAGGAUUUGGUCCGUUACAGUCAAUGGGCUCUGGAAAAAUUGAAAAUAACUUUAGUGAUUUGAGCAUAUCUAGCAGUGGAACUGGUUUUGGAAGUGGCUCUGGUUUUGGGUUAAGUACUGAUGUUGAUUCCUUUUCUACCAAGCCUAAAGGUCGUCCAACUUCAUCUGCCACUGCUCCACCAAAAGGUCUUGGAAUGAAGCUUGGUAAAUCUCAAAGGACAAAUCAGUUUUUGGAAUCAUUGAAAGCAGAAGGUGAGGUCAUUCUUGAAGAUGCUCAGCCAAAACUUGGCCCGUCUCGGUCAUCUUCCGCAGCACUUACCGAUCCCAUCACUUUAACUGUUGAGGAGAAACUAAAUGUGACACUGAAACGAGAUGGCGGAGUUAAUAAUUUUGAUGUUCAAGGAACAUUAUCUCUCCAAAUUCUCAACCAAGAGGAUGGACAUAUUCAAGUUCAGGUUCAGACUGGUGAGAAUCAAGCCGUCUCUUUCAAGACACACCCUAACAUGAAUAAAGAAUUAUUUGCCAAUGAAUAUAAAUUAGGCCUGAAGGAUCCAAAUAGGCCCUUCCCCACUGGUCAAGCCAGCGAUGCCGGAGGUGUUGGUCUUUUAAAGUGGAGAAUGCAAAGCACUGAUGAGUCAAUGGUGCCACUGACAAUCAACUGUUGGCCCUCUUCUUCUGGAAAUGAAACUUAUGUCAACAUUGAAUAUGAGGCUUCAUCAAUGUUUGAUCUGCAGAAUGUUGUGAUCUCAGUUCCUCUUCCAGCACUUCGUGAAGCACCGUCUGUUAGUCAGAUUGAUGGGGAGUGGAGGUAUGACCCUAGGAACUCCAUUUUGGAGUGGUCUGUCCUUCUGAUUGAUAAUUCAAAUCGCAGUGGUUCAAUGGAGUUUGUUGUUCCACAAGCAGAUUCAUCAGCAUUCUUUCCCAUUUCAGUUCGUUUUAUGGCAACUGAUACAUUUAGUGACCUGAAGGUUACAAACAUCAUUCCGCUAAAGGGUGGUAAUCCUCCCAAAUUUUCUCAGAGAACACAGUUGAUAACGGAAAACUAUCAAGUCGUGUGAUCGAUUUUUCUUUUGACUUUGAGCUUCUAUGACAGUUUUGCUUUUACAGUCGCAGUUCUUUUUUUCAACUGGCUUAUAUUUGCCCUGUUGCACCAUUUGUAACCCAUUCAUGAGUUCAUAAUUUAGGUUUAUUUCCGAAGCAUAGCGGCCUUAAGUAUGAUUUAUCAUAAACUCAAAUGAUUAUCUAUAUACUCUAUAUUAAUAGCAUGUGUAUUUUAAGGGGAAAGAUGCCUUUCCCUUUCCCCCGUUCUCUAUUAAUGGAAUACUAUAUGUUGUUAA